GCUGAGCACAUACAGAGGAAGGCCCACCUCCAGAUCAUAUUGUGAUAGUUCCUUAAACGAUAUUUGAAGCUACUGACCAACUGAACCACAAGGACACAAGAGGUGUUUCGAAAGAGGGGCCGAAAUGGAUGUUUUUAUGAAGGGGCUUUCUAAAGCUAAAGAAGGCAUGGCCGUGGCCGCGGAGAAGACCAAGGAGGGCGUCGCAGUCGCGGCGGAGAAGACCAAGGAGGGCGUGAUGUUCGUGGGCAACAAAACCAAAGAUGGCGUGGCAACAGUGGCAGAGAAGACAAAGGAACAGGCUUCUCAGCUGGGUGGCGUCGUGCUGACUGGAGCUGGAAGCAUCGCCGCAGCAACCGGCCUUGUGAAGAAAGACGAGUUCCCCACCGACAUGAACCCUGAAGAGUAUGGUCAGGAAGCCACUGAGGACCAGAUGGGGCAAGGGGUGGUGGACCCACAAGCAUACAACGAGAACCAGCAGGAGCAGAACCAAGAUUAUGAGCCCGAAGCAUAAACCACCCAUUCCAAAACAAACGACCGACCAGCGGCACAACAGCAUUUAUCACAACAAAUGCUGAACUCAUCACAAUAACUCCUGUUGCAAAAAAAAAAUUAUAUAAAUCAAACAAAAAAAAAUCCUGCUGAAAAUUGUUCUUCCUCUCAAAUAUAUAUAAAUAUAAAUAUACUUUUAAUAUGACCUAUUGUAAAUGUCCUGUUCUGGCUCUGUACUGUGGUGGGAGUAGUUCUCUUUACUGACUAGGGGAAGCCUUGUCUCGUUUCCUUGAUUCCCUCCCAACGAAACGAGACCCGCUCACCUGUCGUGGUUCUUUGUGCCUGUGUAUAUGUGUUUCUAUCAGUGUAAUAGAUGUUUCUGAGCUUCCAAUGUAAUAUUGGGGGUGAAAAAAAAAUAUUUGGGUAAAAAUAUAUGAAAAUUAUAUUAUAUAGACCUGUGUACAAUGCCUGUUUGUUGAUUUUUUUUCUUUUUCAUUAAGUAUUGAAGCAAGUUGUUUAUUUAAUGUUUUUCCAGUAAGAGUUUUAUACAUUGUAACUUUAUAGUUGCUUGUGAUAUCAUUCCAGUGAACUCUCUGUUAAAAAUGGGCAGUUUGGUAUCUGUUUGUGUGCGUGGGUUUGUUGUACUGAAGAUUUUAAACUCAGUGUAAAUGUGUCUUAAAAUGUUCAUGGAUGUCAGAAUAGUGCUUUACAAUGCUGGAAAUGUCGAACAUACAGGUACCUGUGUCAUCCAAGACAAGCAAAUCCUCUGUAAAUAACGAAAUAAAAAGAACAAAAAAACCCUUUUGAAUAUU